CUCCCUGCCUGCGCACACAGAAGAAGAAGGGGGAAAAAACGGAGACACCGAACGACUAAAAAAUAAAAAAUAAAAACAGUAAUAUAACAUCAAACUCAUUAACACCGGUCCAGGUUCGGCUGUUUGUCUGCCACCAUGUCAGCUGGAGGAGAUUUGGGGAACCCCCUGAGGAAAUUUAAACUGGUGUUUUUGGGCGAGCAGAGCGUGGGGAAAACAUCUCUCAUCACUAGGUUCAUGUAUGACAGCUUCGACAACACGUAUCAGGCGACCAUUGGCAUCGACUUCCUAUCGAAGACCAUGUACCUGGAAGACCGAACAGUAAGACUGCAGCUGUGGGACACAGCUGGACAGGAGCGCUUCAGGAGCCUCAUUCCGAGCUACAUCCGGGACUCUACAGUGGCUGUGGUUGUCUACGACAUCACAAAUGUGAACUCGUUCCAGCAGACCUGCAAAUGGAUCGACGACGUCAGGACAGAGAGAGGAAGUGAUGUCAUCAUCAUGCUAGUAGGCAACAAGACAGAUUUGGAGGAGAAGAGGCAAAUCAUGAUCGAAGAAGGGGAGCAGAGAGCCAAAGAGCUGAACGUCAUGUUCAUCGAGACCAGUGCCAAGACGGGCUCCAAUGUCAAACAGCUAUUUCGCAGAGUUGCAGCAGCCCUACCUGGCAUGGAAAGCCUGGACGACGCGAAUCCCGAAGGCAUGAUCGACAUCAAGCUGGACAAACCAGCCGAGCCGASUGUCCCCGAGGGCGGCUGCUCGUGUUAAUGCAGAGCUGCGAUUGGUCGGCUCCCUUUCACACCAUAGGCUUGUUGUGUUUCUUAAUGCUGGUUAGCUCCCGGUUGACUUCUCUAAUUGGACAUAUAGGAUCAAUGCCUUUGUAUCUGAUUGGACAAAUCAAAUGUUACAUCUUUCAGUCUUGUUCAGUUGUAAGAUAUUGUAAACUUUGUCAAUAUGUAAGUGACUGGAGGAGUAAAAAAAAUACAUGAAGGGAAAAAUAUGUUGCCAUAAAAAUAAAAGCAACAAUAAAUGAUAAGAAAAACACAGAAAGGGAGAAGAAGAGAAGAAGAGGACAAACCAACAGAGUUCUUUUCACCGUUAUGUUUUGUAUUUUUUUAUAUCUGGAAAAAAAAAAGGGAAAGCACCUAAAACUAUGCCUAAUACACGGAUGGAGGUAAACGUUAAGGGGGUCAGCCAUUGUUGCAGGUGGCUGAACACGUCUGAAUGUCUGCAGCACGCAUGCACGCUGUUCUGAUCUUUGACCUUUUGGCCCCACCCUUUCAGGGUCCCCGCGCUCUGKGAGGAGGCCGAGUAUCUUAGAAUGUUUUAUAGCAUCUCUCUAUAGCAUCUCAUAACAAAACUCAUAUCAUUUGAUAUUCCCACCGGAGUCCAGUAGGUUCACUUAACAGUAGCAGUGAAAAACGUGACACGCUCAUCUCUCUAUGGGUUUAACUUUUAUAGAGCAAACUAUACUGUGGUUAUAAACGGAAAAGAAACGUCAGCUUACUCUCACAACUCCCGCAUCCCCGUCAAAUGACCUUCAGACUUCUCCUUCUCUCCUCCCUCUAGCUCUCCCUCCGCUCUCCCCAUCCCUCCAUCCCGCUGAUACACUUAUAUCCACCCACUGUAAUGGACUGCACUGUAUAUAAUAAUGUAAUAUGUAUGUUGUGAAUGUCCCUCUGUAGAAGUGGUCUUUGUUCACCAGUAUGAAUAAUGUAAUAAUGUUUAAUGAUUAAUAAAUUACAGAUUAAAGGGCUGCACUCUCCUAA